AUGUACUACUACAUGUAUACAGUUGAGAUCUUGAAAUACGUAGAGGAGCUCCUGAGGGAGUACGAAAAUGUGUGCACACUCAGGGUCCGAAUGCCGAUCUCGUCCGAUCUGAGCAAUCCACGCAACUUCAUCACCAAGAUCAGCCGUUACAAUAAGGUGGUCAACAAACCAAACAGCAUGACGGUGCUUGAUGAGCUCCUGCCAAUCUCGAUCGAGAUGGCGAAGCGUAACUGCCGUGGGAUCUGGAAUUUCACGAAUCCCGGCGUGAUCAGCCACAAUGAGAUUUUGGAAAUGUAUAGGGACUACAUCGACCCUCAAUUCAAGUGGGCCAACUUCAAUCUGGAGGAACAAGCGAAGGUGAUCGUUGCCCAACGGAGUAACAACGAAUUGGAUGCAUCCAAGCUAAAGAAGGAAUUCCCGGACCUGCUCUCGAUCAAGGACUCAAUUAUCAAGUAUGUAUUCGAACCUAAUAAGAAGACUUGAAGAUCAUUGGUUGGAUGCUUGA